GUCGGACCGGAGAGCAGUAACAUACCCCAAGAAGUAACUUAGUUAAUAGGUAGCAGUAGUGCGCGCGUGAUGGUGCAUCGUGUGUGCAUGGUGCAUGUCAUUCUUAUACGAGUGCAGCUGUCGCCGUCGUCUUGACUCUUCCGAGAGUGGACGAGAAGAAGAAAAAAAACCACCUCAUUGCGGAGCAGUGAAGCAUUUACUUACAACAAAAAUAAAAUAACAGUGUCGUUCGUUACGCGAAUGCAUCUGCAAUCAAGUAUUAUACCCAUACACUUGUACCUACAAUAUAAUCUCUAGUGUGUGCUCUUUGAUCCUGAUGAUUAAACAUGGAUGAAUAAAUAAUAACGUCAAGUGCAGGUUUGCACCUUCGUUUUUAUUUCCUGAUAGGGAAUAUAUUAAGUGCACCUAUAAUACACACGUCACCCCGGCACGGCACGCGGGAGUGCAGGCUAAUCAUCUGUGUGCAAAAAUAGUGAGUUUUGUUCCUCUGUUGGAGCAUAAGUAAUUUAAAAGUGUUAGCAAUAGAGCAAGAGGCUGUGUUGUGGCCAAGUAAAUCCUCUGCUGGGCUUCAGGGUCCAUCUGUCCGUCCCAGGUGUGUCAGUCCUCUCGGUGUGUGUGUCGCGAUUGUAUACGCAUAGGCGCCACGCGGCGCACACCUUCCUCUCGAAGACGGCGCCCUUUUUAUUCUCUCAUUAAUUCAUCGAACGCCAAAUCCAGGCUGAGCAUCCGCAGAGACAAAAAAAAUGGAAUCUGAGAAGUCCUAAGCUGAGAAAACAGUGUUAAAAUAGAGUGUAGCACCUGCAAGAGCAACAACAAUAAAAAAAACAAAAAAAAAACAAAAAAAAACAACAAAAAAAAACAACAACAACAACCGCAACGACAAUAGAGCGAGCGAUCAGCGCCCGAAAGCUGGCAGGGGGCAGCUUAGUGAUGCCAACGUACUACAAUGCCAGCUGCGGCUAUCCCAAUUUAUCGGCAGCGGCCGCCCGUCAUCCCGUCACCAGCGUCCACAAGCUCGACGGCACCCGACUGCACCAUCACACCUCGACCCAUCACCUGCCACCCCAUCAUCUCCACCACAGCACCAUACCCUCGCACAUAGCCGCUGCCGCGCUCACCGCCUCCCACAUAGUCUGUCCGCCCUUGGAGCGGCACUCCACGUCCUCCUCGGCCAACAACGCCACCAACAACAGCAACACUGGCAACAGCAACAGCAUCAUCAUUGCCACUGCAACGAGCAACAACAGCAGCAGCAGCGUCAACAGCAAUAGCAAUAACAACCAUCAUCACCAUCAUCAGCAGCAGCAGCAGCAGCAGCAGCAGCAGCAGCAGCAUCAGCAUCACCACUCGAGCAGCAGCGGCAGCAGCAGCAACAACGAGUCGCCGUCGACGCAGAGCACCGUCACCAGCAUCGCCACCUCGACAACCAGCGCCGUGCCGACCAUGACGAGCAUGAACAAGCUUGAGGUCAAGCUCAACGCCAUGCCCUGGUUUCACGGGAAGAUAUCGCGGGAGACGGCCGAACGACUGCUGCGGCCGCGCGAAGACGGUCUCUUCCUUGUGCGCGAGUCGACCAAUUUUCCGGGUGACUACACGCUGUGCGUCUGCUAUCAGGGAAAGGUCCAGCACUACCGGGUCAAGUACAAAAACAACCAGCUGACGAUUGACGACGAGGAGUUCUUUGAGAACUUGGCCCUCCUCGUCGAGCACUACGAGCAGGACGCGGACGGGCUGUGUACCCAGCUGACAAAGUCUCUGCCAAAGCAGGGCAAGCAGGACUUUUGCGUCGACUUUCAGGCAUUCGUUGAGGCCGGCUGGGUCAUUCAGACGCACGAACUCGAGCUCCGAGAGUGCAUCGGCAAGGGGGAGUUUGGGGACGUGUUGCUCGGCGUCUACAGGGGCGAGCGCGUCGCCGUUAAGAUGCUCAAGGACAACAGCGAAGCUGCCCAGCGCUUCCUUGCCGAGGCCAGUCUCAUGACUUCGCUCAUUCACGAUAAUCUCGUCAAGCUGCUCGGGCUCGUCUUUAACAAUCAGCACAUGUACCUCGUCACCGAGUACAUGAGCAAAGGCUCCCUUGUGGAUUAUUUGAGGUCGAGGGGCCGCUUGCACGUCUCCAAGCGGGAUCAGAUCAACUUUGCUUACGACACGUGCGCGGGCAUGGCCUAUCUGGAGUCGAGGCACGUCGUGCACAGGGAUCUCGCGGCGAGGAACGUCUUGGUGGCGGAGGACAACUCGGCCAAGGUCUCCGAUUUUGGGUUGGCGCGAGACGAGAACUUCUCGCUCGAGGGUGGUAAGCUGCCCAUCAAGUGGACCGCGCCAGAGGCUCUCAAACAGAAUAAAUUUUCCAAUAAAUCCGACAUGUGGAGCUUUGGUAUACUCCUUUGGGAAAUAUACUCGUUUGGUCGUGUACCUUAUCCCAGAAUACAACUGGUAGACGUAGUGAAAUGCGUGGAAAAAGGGUACAAAAUGGAACCACCUGAAGGAUGUCCAGCCGAAGUCUACGACAUCAUGAGACAGGCAUGGGACCUGAAUCCAGAGAAGCGACCGACCUUCUAUGACGUAAGAAUCAAGCUUGCGCAGCUGAAAAUAGAAUACACCAAAGGUGUCAAUUAACACUAAUCUCGCGCGUUUAAUUAACGCCGGAAGCAGAACGUAUGGCCUAGUCCGGAGUAUCGUAACAUUUGAAAACUUUUUUUUUUUUUUUUUUUUUCUAAUAGCAAUAAAUCUGCUUGCAGCUUUAAAGAAUACUCCGACAAACACACAUACCCACACACACGUUAGAAGACGAAUAUGUAUUCUAAUAUUAUUAUUUCUUUCUUCGAUGUACAUUAGUUGGACGUUAGAAACGUCGGCGUGUUUUAUUUUGUAUUUAUUGUAUAUCAAUUUUAUUUCUCUAUGGGCCUAACUAGCGCCAAAGCUACUUGAAAAUAAGGAUGUGAAGGGGCUCCGUUGUACUUAUAGAUACGUUGUCGAACAAUUUCAUUCCACAGUUAGAGAUGAACAGAAGCAAACUCAUUCGUGUUUUGGGAUCAAUUUUUUUUGUGUCGAGCGUGAACAGAAAAAAUUGUUUCAUAACUUUUAUUGCAAGAAACUUUAAUUUCAUUACGGCACUUGUAGGUUUUAAAAGUUCAGGGUCAGUAUUAAAUUUUUGGAAAUUUCAAUACUUUAGUAAAUUUUGAAAAUUUUCAUAGUUAUUCACGACUGACACGUAAUAACGAUACUAAAAAUAAGAGUACCUAACAUUAAUACUUCUUCUAUAAAAUAAUUACAAUGCACUCAAAUAAGAAGUAUGUCAUGACUUUGUUGACCCUCUCUAUAAUGAUCGUUAGCUGGAUAUAUCUAAGAGCACUGCUGAUUUACAACGUGCCUUCUUUUAAGCGUUAUUCAAAUAAUAGAUUAUGCAUUAUACUAAUCGCAAUGACUCUAAACGUGGAAAGCUGUAUCGAAUGAUGAGGUAUUUAUGUGUAUUUUCAUUCCAAGUUCUAAUCAAAUUUUACAAACGAAUUUCAAUAAUUAUUGCGUAAUCGGAAAAAAUUAAAGACAAACGCCGCGUUGGCAGGAUAGUUUUGUUGAUUAAAGAUUUGUUAUUCUGUUGCUUUAAACUAAAUUAUUUCGUACCUAGUAGAGAAAAGGUUAUUUGUUUAGAUUUAAAAAAAAAAAAAUUUUUUUUUAACAAAGAUAAGUUUGCUUUUAAAAAUGUACAUGUACUAUUGUAAAUAUUCUUGUAUAUAUUAAUUUUGUCGGAAAAUUUUUUGUUUCGAAUGAAAGAAACAAUAACAAAUGUGGAUAAGAGUCUUUAACAGAUUGAGAUAAGUGAGAAGAAACAGUCCAUGUUUUAAUUCUAAGUAUUCGAACGAUAUCUUGAAAAAGAAUAAAAAAGUUAAAUACAUAAGUGGUAGAUAACACUCACGAUCACGAAAAAAAAUGCGACUGAGUUAUCUUACUGCAGUCACAAGAUACAAAUUUAAGAGCCCACACACAAAUUAUAUUUCUAAUAAAAGCGCAAAUUCGAAUUAUAUUAUAUCUUGUUCAAAUUUUAAAGUAUAAAUCUGCAGUAACUGAAAAUAAAUAAAUAAGAAACGGAAAGUAUGCCUUGCACGCGAGCGCAUGCAUGGGAUGUGGACAUAUACAUAUAUAAUGUGCGGGCACUCAGAAGCGCGUCUGUAAAGAAUAAACAAAGUAUAAAAAAGGCAAAGUAGUAACUAAACAAAAGAUUGAACGUAAUAGUGUUGUAAUUGAGCGAAACCACCGGCGUAGUUUGGUAGAUGAAAACCAAAAAGAAGUGUUGGGAUAAGAACAUCAGUAGAACUCUGGGAAGUUGCAAGAAGCGAACAAUCAAUAUGGGAGCUUGGCUACUUGUUACUUAGUCUAGACGUUUGAUGAUGAAAAUAAAAGCAUUCUGGUUUUUUUCUUUUUUUAUUAUUAAAGUGGGUAAUACUUUAUCGUUAAUUUAUUUCGAUAGUCCGAGCUUGAUAUUUGUCAAUUUUACGAUGUUGUUUACGAAAGACUGUCUGUGAAGUAAUAAUCAACUAACAACAAUCUGCUUGAUAAAUGUGAUAAGCGUUUAUUGAACCACAGAAUCUCAUAAAGAGUUGAAGAUCUUUUUAUAAUAGUGUACUUCAAAUUAGUAUCCGAAAUUUAUACGUCUUUUGCACUUGUUUGUAAGAAAAACAAUAAGAUUUUUUAAUUCAUGUUAGAAUAUAACACGGCGUGCUCGGACUAAAAAACAAGGGCCUUCCGAACAUUUGAAAUCUUUUAUUGAAUAUUGCUGGAUGAGUAUCAAAAUAAAAAUUGCGUACUAAUAAAAAUGGUACUAUUUGAUUUUCUCAAGUGCGAUUUUUAUUUCGGUACUCAUCCAAUGAAAACAAUUAGCAAACGGUGAGCGACAAUGAUAACGUACGUUCAUAUAAUAAAUUUUUCCAUUAGAGCAGCUAAUUUAAUAGGCCAAACGAAAUUUUAGCACGACGAAAUACACAAAAUUCACCUACGAUUAGCCAUUAAUGUUGUUUAUUUGUUUUUCUAAAUAAAUGUUUAGACUACGAGAGACAAAAGUGUUGUAGAUAUAUAUACUCGUGUGGGUACAAAGAAAACUAACAAAGGCAGCUAACGAAAUACUCGAAACGGGAAAAAAGGGGCGAAACUGAAGAUUUCCGAAAUACUUUGAAAAAAAAAAAAAAGUAUACACAAAAAAAUGCAUUUUAGCUGAUUAUGUGGCAAUGAUCACACGAUUCCACUACUAUUUGUAAUUAUCACCUAUACUUCUAACGAAAUGGAUUAAAGUCACGAACGAACGUUGCGGACAAAAACGGGGAAAAAUCGACUUUGGAAUUGUACAUCUAAUUUAGAUUAUAAGAAGUGUUUAUUUAUUAUACAAACUUUUAUUCUACACGAUUGAAAAAAAAAAAAA